AUGGCUGGAAAAGGUGGUGGUGGUGAUGAGUAUCAUCAGUUGGACGGAGCUCAGCGUCUGUUACUGGACGCGAUGAAUGCACAGAUGCAACGUGGGAACAGAGGUAACAAUGGCGGUAAUGACGGACUGAGGCAGAACCGGGUUGAGGGAGUAAAGCUCAAUGUUCCUCCCUUCAAAGGAAGAAGUGAUCCAGAUGUCUACCUGGACUGGGAAAUGAAGAUUGAGCAUGUAUUUGCCUGCAAUGACUACACUGAAGAGCAGAAAGUCAAGCUAGCAGCAGCUGAAUUCUCCGACUAUGCCCUUGUUUGGUGGCAUAAAUACCAGAGAGAAAUGCUGAGAGAGGAACGGCGAGAGGUAGAUACAUGGACUGAGAUGAAAAGGGUGAUGAGAAAAAGGUAUGUGCCCACUAGCUAUAACAAAACCAUGCGACAGAAACUCCAAGGGUUGUCCCAAGGGAAUUUAACUGUGGAAGAAUGUUAUAAAGAGAUGGAAAUGGUGUUAGUGAGGGCCAACAUCGAAGAGGAAUUCGAAGACACAAUGGCUCGUUUCCUGAAUGGUCUAAACCCUGAAAUCAGAGAUGUUGUUGAAUUACAGGAGUAUGUGGCGUUGGAUGACUUGUUACAUAGGGCACUUCGGGUUGAACAGCAAAUUAAAAGAAAAAGUGCAACAAGGAGGAACUCACCCAAUACUUACAACCAUAACUGGGCCAACAGAUCCAAGAAGGAGGGAAGUAAUUCAUUCCGCCUUGUAGCCACAUCCCCGCAUGGAAAGUCAGCAGCGUCCAGUGUAGGUUGA